AUGGCCAUCUUCAGCGUGUACGUGGUGAACAAGGCCGGCGGGCUCAUCUACCAGCUGGACCACUACGCGCCGCGGGCCGAGAGCGAGAAGACCUUCGGCUUCCCGCUCGAGCUGGUCCUGCGCCCGCACGACGAGCGCGUCCUGGUGGCCUUCGGGCAGCGCGACGGCGUCCGCGUGGGCCACGCCGUGCUGGCCAUCAACGGCCUGGAGGUCAACGGGCGCUUCACGGGCGACGGGCGCGACGUGCUGGAGUACCUGAGCAGCCCCGCCAACUUCCCCGUCUCCAUCCGCUUCGGCCGCCCGCGGCUCUCCUCCAACGAGAAGCUCAUGCUGGCCUCCAUGUUCCACUCGUUGUUCGCCAUCGGCUCCCAGCUGUCCCCCGAGCAGGGCAGCUCCGGCAUCGAGGUCCUGGAGACUGACACCUUCAAGCUGCACUGCUUCCAGACGCUGACAGGGAUCAAGUUCGUGGUGCUGGCUGACCCCCGGCAGGCCGGGAUCGACGCCCUCCUGCGUAAGAUCUACGAGAUCUAUUCGGACUUCGCUCUGAAGAACCCCUUCUACUCCCUGGAGAUGCCCAUCAGGUACCCACUUCUUCUCGGGCAGGAGCAGCAGCAGGGCCCUGCCAGCCCCCCUCCAGUUACUGGGGCUGCUCUUGAAGCGGCAGCCAGCUCCCCCCUGAAUGUCUGAGCUCCAGCCCUGCUCAGUUGGCUCUAGGAGGGGUCCUGGGGCAGGCAGAAGGGACAUGUCCGGUGGGGAGGAGGCUCUGCCUUGGACAACAUAAUGCAGUUUUUGUUCUCUUUGCACCAAAAUGAGUCACUUUUACUCCAGAACCAUGAGCAAGGGUCUCCUGAAGGAAAGCAAAGAGAAGCCUCUUGGAGAUGUUCUUUGAGCAGUACAAGAUUCCCAUUCCCCUCCCCAAAGAGAAUUAAGUAGAAUCAUGUGCUGGCACAGGCUGAAGUCCAAAUAGCCUGGUUUCAUUAAAAAAAAGUCCCUGGUAAGAGAACAAAGUGGGAAAUCUGAGCCUGGCUAAAUUAUUUCCCAAGGCUGGCUUGUGAGUGUUGUGGUGCAUCCUUCUUUGUGUAAAGGCAAGAGUUUGAAUUGGGAGCAAGGACAGAAUUUCUGCCUUUGGUCUCUCAUGAACAUUUCAGAUGUGAGCUGUUUGAGCAGAACCUGAAGCUGGCACUGGAAGUAGCAGAGAAAGCAGGGCCAUUUGGACCAGGCCUAUAGAUGGAUCUUGUCUG